AUCUCGUCUGGCGUGCAACUCACGUGCCAUAUCCCGUUCAAUACCCUAUGGAGCUGCGGCAGAUUGUACGUCGGGCCAUCACCGUGCGGCACAACCCGGCCAAGCGACGUGUGCUGCAGCAAUGCCGCUUCUACGCCACGCCCACCGACUCCGGUUCGACGGCGGGUGCGGGUGCGGGUGCGAGUGGGCAGCAAGGGGACAUCCAAGCCGCCGCGCCCAUCACCUUCACCACCAACUCCGAUCAAUUCGCUGCUCCUCGCGCUGAACUGGUGCAGGAUAGGAGUCGCCCGCGUCGCACCAGACGCCCCGACCACGCCGGUGGCCGCGAUGACCACGACCAAGACCUACUCCUGCGCCGAGUCCGAAUCGUGCCCGCUUCCCCUUCGUACUUUACCGCAACCCCGGAAUACAUGGACAACCUCCUCGAACUCUCCUCAUUGCUUCGAGCACAUCAGACAUUGCCAAUGCUCCCGCCCGGCCAAGCGCCACGUGUAGCGUGGAAGACCAUCGACCAAUACAAGACCGAGCUGGCGGAGCCCGUCCGAGUGAAAGGAUAUGGCAUGCUCAUCAAACUCCUCCGACGCCUCAACCACAUCCACCCGUCCCUCAUGCCUGCAGAGGUCACAGAGGCGCUGGAGAAGUACAAGCGGCACUCGCAGCCAUACAUGAACGCGCCCAAACCGAUCGAAGUCAACGAGUACGGCGUGUCCGCGGCCGUGGGAAGGCGGAAGAGCAGUUCGGCCAAGGCAUAUUUGGUUGAGGGAACGGGUGAGUGCAUGAUCAACGGCAAGCGACUGAGUGAGUACUUUGGUCGGCUGCAUGAUCGGGAGAGUGCGGUAUGGGCGUUGAAGAGCACGCAGAGGCUGGACAAGUAUAACGUCUGGGCACUGGCGAAAGGAGGUGGGACGACCGGACAAGCGGAAGCAAUUACGCUGGCGGUCGCGAAGGCGCUGUUGGCGCACGAGCCGGAUCUCAAGCCCGCACUUAGAAGGGCUGGCUGCGUUACCCGUGACCCGCGAAGGGUAGAGCGGAAGAAGCCCGGACAUCUGAAGGCACGCAAGAUGCCGACAUGGGUCAAGCGUUAGUUUGGACGAAGCUCACAAGCAUCUCUACGCUACAACCCGCGCGCCGCACCAUUCAGCGGGCAUGACCAUAGCAUAUGUGUCUGUUGGUUGCCUUGCGACGAUCA